GACAAGACAGGAAGUAUUAUGUUAGGCCACAUCUCUAAUUAAUUUUUUAACAGGUUAGAGUUGUUGAAAGAAUCCUGACACACUGUGACGAUGACUACUGCUCAGCUCUCUCACGACACCAGAAUACUAAAGGCAUCUAAGAAUACAAUUUUCCCAACCCAAAUCACUAAUGAGCAUGAGUCACUGGUAAUGGUGAAGAAACUUUUUGCUACUUCUAUCUCAUGUAUAACAUAUUUGAGGGGCCUGUUUCCAGAGAGCUCUUACAGAGAUCGCCAUUUGGAUGACCUCAGUUUAAAAAUUCUCCGAGAAGACAAAAAGUGUCCUGGGUCAUUACAUAUUAUUAAAUGGAUUCAAGGUUGUUUUGAUGCUUUGGAAAAGAGAUACCUUCACAUGGCUGUGCUAACACUAUACACAAAUCCCAAGGAACCUGAGAAAGUGACUGAGCUAUACCAAUUCAAAUUCAAAUACACGAAAAAAGGAACCACUAUGGACUUUGACAGUAGUAGUACAAGCUUUGAAAGUGGGACAAACAGUGAAGAUAUUAAGAAAGCCUGUUCACUGCUGAUCCGUCAAUUGUAUAUACUGAUGCAGAACCUUGGACCCCUUCCUAAUGAUGUUAUACUUACCAUGAAACUCCAUUAUUAUAAUUCAGUGACUCCAUAUGAUUACCAGCCCCCUGGUUUUAAAGAAGGGGUGAACUCACACUUCCUCCUAUUUGAUGGGGAGCCUGUGAGCCUUCGAAUGGGUUCAGUCUCCUCUGGCUUUCACAUCAUGAAAGUAAAAGUCACAACUGAAGCCACCAGAAUGCUCGAUGGGGAGAACGGUCCUGUUCAGGAGAAUGGCACUACUGAGAUAGCUCAUCAGGGUCUUGACUGUGAUGAGGAAGAAGAGGACUGCAGCAACCACGUAAGGCCAAGUUUUAGUGAUCCUUCAUUGCUUCACUUAAGCACAGUGACAUUUUUCAUGUGUUCAGGUCAUGUCACAGUAACAGAGUCCAGUGGAGCAUGCGAG